AUGGGUUAUGUUGAGCUAAAUAUGGAAGAUUCAAAUCGGGGAAGAUGGAACCCAAGAAUAGAGUACCUAAAGGAAACAGUGUUCCCCACCACGACCUCUUGGGCUAUCGAAACAAUGGAACCUACGCUAUAUGAAGCUGUGGUAGCAGGCGAUAUUGAUGGCUUCAUUGAAAGGCUAGAAAGGUUCGUGGGGGAGAAGCAACUGGCUGCAAUUGUCAUUCUCGAGCAACCGAGCUUGAUAGGGAACACAUUACUUCAUGUUGCAGCAGAUUCAAGCAAUGUUGAGAUUACUCAACUCUUAGCUCAUCACUUCCCGAGUCUACUUACUAAGAGAAAUGAACAAGGUGAUACUGCACUUCAUCUUGCUGCUAGAGCUAAAAUGCCUAAAACGGUUAAGGUUCUCGUCAACAUCGCAAAGACUCUUCCUCCUCCGUCUAGUGAUGAUGAUGCAUUUCUGAGGAUGAAGAAUGAGAAAGGAAACACUGCGUUACAUGAGGCAGUGAUGCAAGAAAGUCAAGAAGUAGCAGCCUCCUUUCCUUUACCUGAGGCAAUGAUGCAAGAAAGUCAAGAAGUUGCAUAUUGCCUUCUUCAAGCAGACUAUGAAGCAGCUUAUUGUGUCAACAACGAUGGUAAAUCUCCUUUGUACGUGGCUGCAGAGCUUCGCAACACAAACAUCCUGACGCGGCUUUUGGAAGACGAAAUAGCUGCCGAUGGCCACCCAGUAGCAGUACUGGAAAAGUUAAGAGGAGAGAAGUCCCCCGUUGAUGCAGCUCUUCUGCAUAAAAACUCAGAUAUGCUGAUAGAAAUAGCUUCCAAAACGCCUGAACUCCUACACAGCAUUGAGAAAGAAGGGAAGAGCCCAAUUCAUUAUGCAGCAUCCAUAGGUUAUGUUGAGGGAGUCAAAUUCAUCUUAGAAAAAAAGCAAGGCAGUGCCCUGGUAAGGGACAAUAAUGGCUUCUAUCCGAUCCACGAAGCAUGCAAAAAUGGUCACGUUCAAGUUGUCAUGCUGUUGCUUGAACGGUGGUUUGAUCCAAGAGAGUUUCUCACUAGGGAAGGCAAAAAUAUUUUUCAUGUUGCGGCCGAGAGAGGAGAAGAUAGUGUGGUGAAGUAUCUACUCCGUGCUCCACGGCUCGCAAAAUUUGUGGCGCAGCCGGUGAACCAGCAGGACAAGGAAGGAAAUACACCUUUGCAUUUGGCGACUUUACAUGCCCGUUCUAGGGUAGUGUUUGGGCUGGUGCGACACGACAAUAUUGUUAACGUCAGAAUGAAAAAUGGUGCAAACUUGACUGCCUAUGAUCUCGCUGUGGAGAAAUCAAGGAUCGCAGCUAUGUGGAGCUCGGAAAAACCCAAGUUAGAAGCAAAGGUAAAGCUAGCUAGCUAUUAA